CGUUAGAGGAGCUUUGGCUUAUACUAAAGAUCAACCUGUGCAAGUCGCUGACCUAGGCCAACUCUACCGCAUUGCCAGAUUUACUAAUCACCUUUUCAAGUGGAAGCGACUCGCCAAUUCACUUGCAACUUUCACAUAUUUUCCUCUUCCACGGUUUCACCCUUUCGUUGACCGCAUUUAAGAUAAGAAUUGCUUGUUCGCGAAUCGGAACGCCCUGGCAAAUCAGAAAGGGACAUGUUCUUGUCCACAUAAAUGGCCAACAUGUCCCCCCUCAGAGGCUAUAUUACUUCUUAUUCCCCACGAGUCCGUCAAUAUGGAAACGCGCUUCUCACACCGGUCAUUCCUCCAAGCCAAACCGGUCCGACACCGCGAAUGACAAAGCGAGGAACAGCGGCAAUAAACUACGCUGAAGAUGGGUUUGACGACGAUGAUUUCGAGGACAGUGAAGGUCCCCGACGACCCACUGGCUUGAGGAGCCUUCGACGGGAAGAGUCGACUGUUGACAAGGUUCCUUUGACGGAAAAGUUGGGGAAAGAAGUUCACGCUCCUGUUGAGGUUCAAGGGGUAUUUCGGGAUUGGAUGAUCAAGAGGAUGCUGAGGCCUGUCUGCGCCGACCAACUGCAGAUUCAGGCGCAGCUCCCCCUCACCCUAAUACCCAUUCGCAUUGAUUUAGAAGUUCCAGCGCAUCAACCUCUAGAACCCUUCCAAUUGCCCCGAACCGUUCUGGAUCCCGGUAUCAACCCUACUCUCCCCGGCUAUAGAAGACCCGAACCGUUACCUGCCUUCAGGAUCAAGGAUACAUUUCUUUGGAACCUUCACGAAGCGCUGGCGACUCCUGAAGAAUUCGCUACGGGCUUUGUUCGUGACUUAGAUCUACCCAAUCCACAGGCCAUGACAAUGGCAAUCAGCAAUCAAAUUCGUCAACAAUUAGAGGAAUAUGCUGGUGUUGCGCUACAUCCGCUAUUUCAAAGUACAGUGCCAAAGCUGCCUUCUGCCGGUCAAGCUGGCGUAUCGCGCGAUGUAUCUGCAACUCCUGCUCCUACCCAUGCCGCCACGCCUGAUAGCAGAUCCAACGCAGUGACGGUAACCAAGGAGCCAUUUGUUAACGACAGUUUCCUGAAUCCAGAUGAUGCAUACAGAUGCAUGAUCAAUCUCAACAUCAACCUGCAAAAUAAAUUAUACACUGACAAGUUCGAGUGGUCUCUGCUGCAUCCUCCGGGCAUGGCAGAGGAAUUCGCGAAAAUUACUUGUGCGGAUCUUGGUCUUAGCGGAGAAUGGGUCGGAGCUAUUGCACAUGGUAUUUAUGAAGCUGUUCUAAAGUUGAAGAAAGAAGUCUGUGAAAGCGGUGGCUUAGUCAGUGGCAUUGGCGGCUAUGGAAAUGAGAUAGACAACCAAGCGGCCAAUGGCACUGAGGCCGGUUGGCGUUAUGACCCAGAGGGACUCGGCGAUGAAUGGGAACCCAAGGUGGAGACGUUGUCAAAGGAAGAAAUUGAGAAGCGGGAAGGCGAUCGUGAACGGCAGAUCCGUCGUCUACGGCGAGAAACCGCUAGGUUCUCUUCUACUGCAGGCAUCACUCCAGACGUUUCACGACAAGGUAGCGGAGGCUACUUUGACGUCGACAGUGAGACCCCUCUAGGUAGGGGAGAAAGGAGUAAACGAAAAAGGCGUUUCCGCAGCCUAAGCCCAUUGGGGAGAGGAGGUACGCCUGGUGGACGAGGAACUCCAGACACCUCUUCCGGCGCCGGGUAUGGCGGUGGUGGCGGUACAUUAUCCGAUUGGGAACGGCAAAAUUGGCGGUGCAGUAAUUGCAUGGUAUGGGGUACCGCCGUUUGGGCUGUUCGGGAUGGCCCUGCCGGUCCAAGGACACUCUGCCACAAUUGUGGUCUUCUAUACGAACGUGAUAAAGUUGCACCGGAAUGGUCUAGAGAUCUACACCGUCACGAUAUACCGGUUGGCCGAGCAUAGUCCCAACAGAUGGACAUACUUGGCUCGGCUUUCGCCGCCGGUCUAUUCAUAUGGUUUGGGUAAGACAGCAGUUACUGGUCUUCAAUUAAGAAAGCCGGGAACGAAUAGGUUGAGCGUAGCUGACAUUAGUCGGUCAAUAGGAUCAGUUACGAGCUCAACACCACAAUCACAUUUAGUGAAACUAAAGACUGCAUCCUACAUCACUUCAGGAUUGGAACAUAGUCCCUGUAGUUUUCAAAACCUUGGCCAUGAUAUCUUUAAUGAACCCUUCACAGUUAGGAUUCGGCGUCUUUGAUGUGAUUCAUGUCUCCUUUCUCUUUUCAUCACUAUUAUUACUAACUUUUACCUAUUACCCUCUGCAUUCUUUUUGCAGUUUUCCUGUGCAACUUGCUCUAGGAGAAAGACUUUAUUUUAUUUCCUUCAAUGUUUUCUUCAAUCUUGCUCUUAUCGUUUUUCCAAAAUUUUGUUCUGGACUGUUGUAUUACCGAUAUGUAUACUCCGUACUGGUUACUCUAAAGUAGUGGGCGGUUCAUGUUUUUAUUAUGGAUUUUGAUCUUUAUUCUUUUCUCUUUUUAUUUAUUUAUUUAUCUUUGUUUUAUUUUCUUCUGACACUUAGCAGUGUAGUAUAAAGCAUGGGAAGGAAAAUCUAGGACUG